GUCUCCGCGCAUGCGCAAGGCGGUGCUGUAGGAAGCAGCUCUGCGGCUCAUAAGGAGCGUAAAGAGGAGAAAAUAACAGAAAAGACGUCUUUAAAAGUGUUAUUUUGGGCUGGUGACGAAGAGGAGGAUUAAUAAAAAGGAUGAAUUUCUUCAGAGGAGUGAUAGGAGGCCAGCAGGCCGGAGCGCAGCCUUCUGGAGUGGAAACUAUCCAGAAGCUAUGCGACCGUGUGGCCUCGUCCACCCUGCUGGAGGACCGCAGAGAUGCUGUCCGCGCUUUAAAAUCUCUCUCAAAGAAAUACCGUAUGGAGGUGGGCACGCAGGCCAUGGACCAUCUCAUUCGCAUUCUACAGACAGACAGUUCAGACUCUGAAAUCCUGGGUUAUGCUUUGGACACACUGUACAAUAUUAUCUGCAGUGAUGAAGAAGAGGAGCAAGAUGAAUCUGAAGAUGCUGCUCCUGUGAAGAGUAAAAAUGUAGCAGCUCCUGAGGAUGCCCAGAGGAGACAGGAGGAUGAUAUAGGAGCUCAAUUCACUGAACGCUUCAUUCAAGAGCCAGAGAAUGUGACCCUUCUUCUGACCAUGCUAGAGGAGUUUGAUUUCCAUGUGCGCUGGCCCGGUGUGAAGCUUCUGACAGCUCUGCUGAAGUGUCAGUGUGCUCAGGUGCAGGGCAUCAUCCUCGUCAGCCCCAUGGGAGUUUCCAGGUUGAUGGACCUUUUGGCUGACUCCAGAGAGGUCAUCCGCAAUGAUGGUCUUUUGCUGCUGCAGCAGCUAACUAAAGGCAAUGCUGCCAUUCAGAAGAUUGUGGCAUUUGAGAAUGCGUUUGAGAGACUGCUGGACAUAAUCACAGAGGAGGGCACCAGUGAUGGAGGUAUUGUAGUGGAGGACUGUUUGUUGCUCCUCCUGAACCUCCUGAAGAACAACAGCUCUAAUCAGAACUUCUUUAAGGAAGGCUCCUAUAUCCAGAGGAUGAAGCCAUGGUUUGAAGUUGGAGAUGAUAACUCAGGCUGGUCUGCUCAGAAGGUCACUAACCUGCACCUCAUGCUGCAGCUGGUGCGAGUGAUGGUGUCUCCGGUAAAUUCUCCUGGAGCCACAGCGAGCUGUCAGAAAGCCAUGUUCCAGUGCGGCCUACUGCAGCAGCUCUGUACUAUACUGAUGGCCACUGGAGUACCUGCUGAUAUACUCACUGAGACCAUCAAUACUGUGUCAGAGGUCAUCCGUGGCUCACAGGUCAACCAGGAUUACUUUGCCUCCGUCAAUGCUCCAUCUAACCCUCCACGGCCUGCUAUAGUGGUGCUGCUGAUGUCGAUGGUGAAUGAGAGGCAGCCAUUUGUUCUUCGCUGUGCUGUUCUUUACUGCUUCCAGUGUUUCCUUUACAAGAAUCAGAAGGGUCAGGGGGAGAUAGUGGCCACUCUGCUGCCCUCCACUAUAGAUGCUAACUCUAUCUCUGCGGGUCAGCUGUUGUGUGGUGGUUUGUUCUCGGCGGACUCUCUUUCUAACUGGUGUGCGGCAGUGGCGCUGGGUCACGCCCUGCAGGACAAUCUUACUCAAAAGGAGCAGUUGCUGCGGGUCCAGCUGGCCACCAGCCUGGGAAAACCUCCAGUCUCUCUGCUGCAGCAAUGCACAAACAUACUGUCACAGGGUGAUAAGAUCAGCCGAAGGGGCAGUAAAGUACAGACCAGGGUGGGUCUCCUCAUGCUGUUGUGUACCUGGAUGAGUAACUGCCCCAUCGCCGUCACACACUUCCUGCACAACCAGGACAACGUCCCUUUUUUGACUGCUCAAAUUUCAGAAAAUCUGGGUGAAGAUGAACGACUGGUGCAGGGUCUGUGUGCUCUACUGCUGGGUAUCUGCAUCUACUACAAUGACAACUCACUGGAAAACUAUACCAAAGAGAAGCUGAAGCAGCUUAUUGAGAAGCGUAUAGGAAAGGAGAACUUUGUGGAGAAGCUGGGCUUCAUCACCAAGCAUGAGCUUUACUCUCGCGCUGCUCAGAAACCACAGCCAGCCUUCUCCACUCCAGAACACAUGCUUUUUGACCACGAGUUUACCAAACUUGUCAAAGAGCUUGAGGGUGUCAUAACAAAGGCAGUGCAUAAGUCCACUGAGGAAGAGAAGAAAGAGGAAGAAGUGAAGAAGACUCUGGAGCAGCAUGAUAGCAUCGUCACUCAAUACAAAGAACUGAUUAGGGAACAGGAUGCUCAGAUAAAUGAGCUGAAAGAGCAGGUGUCUACACUGGCAUCCCAGAAAGAUCAGAUGCAGAACACCAUCACCCAACAGCUGUCUCAGAUCCAGCAACAUAAAGACCAGUACAACAUCCUUAAACUAAAACUAGGUAAAGACAGUGGUCAGUCUGACAGUGGUCAGGUGAAUGGUCUUCAGUUGGAGGAGCUCACUCUGCUCAGAGAAGAACUGGAGGAGCUACGCAAGCAACACACAUUGCUGAACACACAGCUUGCUGAGAAGGACACACUCAUUGCCAGCCUGAAAGCAGAGGGGGUACAGUCAUCUGAUGGGUCAACAGCUGCAGCAGAAAACACAGAACUACUGAAGGAGUUGGAGUCUCUGAGGGUGCAGGUGCAGACCCAGGCAGCUGAGAUCUCCCAGCUGCAGAGAGAAAGACAGGAGCUACAGAGCCGAACUGAAGCUAUGACUGCCGUAAGUGGAGAAGCAGCAGAUUUAGCUAAAGUAACCAAGCUAGAGAACAGACUAUCAACACAAACUGCAGAAACAAACAGACUACAGGAGGAGGUGCGAACUCUGACGGAGAGCAGGGCAGCGAUGGAGAAGGAGCUAGCAGCAGCCACCAGCACCGCAACCAUUCUGCAGACGGAGAAGAGUAAGCUGCAGCAGGAAGUGGCCGAGUCAAAGAAGGAGCAGGAUGACCUGCUGAUGCUGUUGGCUGACCAAGACCAGAAAAUCCUCUCUCUAAAACAGAGGCUCAAAGACCUGGGGGAGACGAUUGAAGAUGAGGAUGAUUUGGAUGCUCGGGACCAAUUUGAUGAAGAUGACGAUGACGAAGAGGAGGAAGAUGAUGAAUAGAGAGACUGAACACGUUUAUCAUCAUGGAGGGGAAAAGCCUUCAACUCCCCUCUACGCUAAUAAGAGAGAGAAGUCGGGGCUUAAGAAUGGAGCACCAGAGGAUUGACACAUUCAUCUUUUUUCCUCUUUUCAGCAGGUUCACCUGUUAUUUUUUAGCGUUUAUUUUAUUUUGUGGAGGGUGGCUGAUUUACCCAUGUUAGUUCUACUGGACCGUUAAACAGCUUCAUGUGACUUCAUCUUUAGCUGCUGCCACAGACAUGCACAUCUAAUGCCAUGUUAUUAUUUGUUUGUAGUCAAAACAUUGGUUAAAGACAUAAUGGACAAAUCUAUUCUUUUGUUCAUGCAAAAGAAGAAAACUGCACCAUACAGAUAUGAGGAUAGUGUAAAUGUAGAUAUAUACAUAAUAAAAGCACCUGUUGCAGUGA